AUGGUAGAGAGGUUCACUGGAGAAUCUCAUUAUACUCAUAAAGGAGCAGCUGUAGAUCCCCUUUGUUUACCAAGAGAUCCAGAGUGGGGGAUCUACAGAAAUGGAAAUGAUGCCAAUAGAGCUUACGUAUAUGGCGCAGAAUACGAACUGGGUGCCUUCCCGAGUCGCUUUUCGUCACUUACUCAUCAAGUCAUACCCUGCGCAGUUUGCCUUGUUCAAAACAGAUCCGUUGUGAAAAUGUUUCCAGCAAGAAAAACCUGCUUCAAAGGUUGGGACUUUGAAUACCAGGGAUACCUAAUGCCUGGGUACCACGGUCAUGCAGCUAGUACAACGUACAAGUGUGUUGACGAGAAUCCAGACACCUUUCAUGGUGGCAAAGCUGGUAAUUAUGGCUACCUAUUCUACCUGGUAGAAGGACGCUGUGGUUCAUUGAAAUGUCCACCAUAUGUCGAGGGAAGAGAGAUU